AUGGCGCAACUUCAAACCAAAGAACUAAAUAAUAGGUUUAUGGAUAAUGAUGAAGGCUUAUCAACAGUUAAAUAUGCUAAUCUUAACUCAUAUCAAAGUGAUACUAGUGAUGAUGAAAGCGAUGAAAAUUUAGAAGAUAUUAAUGGAAUGAAAAUAUAUUUAAAUAAUUUAAUGAAACAAGUUAAUGAGACGGCAUUAAAUGAUAUUCGACAAAGCUUUCUGAAAUAUGUUAAUGGAAAUGUAAAAGAAAACCAAUUGCGUGAUAUUUUGAAACCAUACAAUAUAGUUUAUUCGAAUAAAAAUUUCCACCCAAUGUUUUCUAAAAUUGAUGUUAAAAAAAAGGGCACCGUCAAUUUUUUACAAUUCGUUACUUAUUUAGGGUCAGAAUUUGAAAUAAAGCGUAAACAUAAUGCAUUUUUAUCAAACGACGACACUGAAUUAUCAAGAUUAACCCCAAAAUUAUUACCGAAUAAACCAAUCAAAUAUGGAGAAAAAGGCAUAAUUCGGUAUAUAGAUAUCGCAUUCUUUCUAAACCAAACAAAACAAUCUCAAAAAGAACUCGACGAUCCUGAAUACAUAGCUGCCAGUGUAACGGGGAAAAUUGUUCGUUACAAAGCAGCAGACAUGCAAUGGAAAAGUACACACCAAAUCGUUUCGGACGUGACGCCGAUCAUGGUCAACGGUUUGGUGGCGAUGCCGGAGUUCGGCGUCGUCUGCCUGUCGCUGGUCGGCGGCCAACUGCUGUUCUACGACAUGUCGUCCGGCCAGUUCAAGCUGUGCGUCGUCGUCGAGCUGUGGGCGUGCACGCUGACCACUCAUCUGGCGCACGCGUACGCGUACUGCGACCGCCGGGGAGUCGGCUCGUCGAAAAUCGCGGUCGGCGACGGGCUGGGCACCGUGAGCGUGCUCGAGUUCACGUCGUCCGACAAGUGGAACCCGUUCAAGGACUGCAGGUCGGGCGGCGACGCGGACCAGACGCCCGCGUACGACUUCGACCGGUUGCUGAGCGAGACGUCGGCCGCGCCGGCCGGCGUCCGCGCGUACCAAUACCACAGGCUGCACGACAAGCCGGUCGAGCAGAUCGCGUUCUGACGCCGCAGGUCGUUCGCGUCCGUGUCGCUGUCCAACCGCCUGGCGAUGGCCCGGUGUCGCGCACCGGACCAGUGCGAAGCCCGCGGCCCGCCGGCCGCCGACCCGUCGGCCGUCCAGUACGCCCACUUCACGGGCUUCAACUGCGUGUGCGCGGUCCGCGGCACGCACCUGGCCACCGGCAGCGCGGACCGGUUCGUGAGGCUGUGGAACACCGCGGGCGGCCGAGCGCCGGGCCCCGCGGACUGCACCACGCUGCUGGGCCACAGCUGGGCUGUGCGGCGCGUGUCGCACAACGCGGCCAACGAGCACCUGUACUCCGUGUCCACGGACUGCGUGGUCAAGGUGUGGGACCUGCGCAGGGCCACGUGCCUGUUGACGUUCGCCGGGCUGACGGUGGCCGCGGAACCGAACGACAGCCAGCGUUGGCCGUUCGCCGUGAUGCACUUCAACUGGACCGACCAGACCAUCGUGUGCGUGGCCGACGAUCACAGGUCGUUCAUGACGGUCGAGUGCGCCAGACCGACGGUCACCGGCCAUAAGUUGUCCGGGCUGCACGACGACAAGUCGCACGAGACGCCCGUCGUCAAGACCCUGUACAACGCGCUCUACCAGGUGUUGAUAUCCGCGUCCGCCGCCGACUCGUCCAUAUCCGUGUGGAACUUGCGCACCGGCGACGUGGUCAUCAAGUGGUCCAUGGCGCACACCGAGGAGGUGUACUGCGAGGUCCUGCCGGUCGAGAUCACCGCUGCCAACUUCGACCCGUCCGGCGGUCUGCUCGUCACCGGCGCGGUCAACGGCAGUGUUCACAUGUGGGACCUAAACACUGGCGUGUGUCUUAACCGACUACGGAUCCCGUCCGGCGGCCGGAUAUCCGAAGUGUUCUGGUUGCCCAACAAGGUACUGGUGACCGGUUUCGAUCAUCGGGUGACCGAAUUCAACGACCCACUGUUACUGUCCAAAGGAAAAGUAUGGCUGUCCAACCAUGACGAGCCGGUGUUGAGCGCGUGCGUCAAGCUACCGUCGCUUUUCGUGACUACGUCACAGGCGGGCGUGAUGGGUUUUUGGCGGCUAGAGACAGGACAGUUGACCAAAAAAUACAAAGCGCGUAUGAAGCCGGAUACCCGGAAGUCUAAAAGCUCGUCGUCAACGAGCAAGAGUCAGGGGGCAUCCACGAUGGUGAGUAAAAGCCAGAUAAGUUCCAUAUCGUAUGUUGGCAGCCGAAUAGGAGACGAUGGUGCCACGGAAACCAAAGAAGAGAAGUUCAAGAGGUUGGAUAUCAAGCACACGCCCCGUGAGCAUUACGCGGCAGUUGCCACACAUUUCCUACGGGCCCGGCCAGAAAAAUUAAACCUUGGUACCCUACUCGUGGCCACACGUAAUGGCGUGGUGCAAAUAUGGUGCACGUACAAAGUUCCAAAGUACAUUAGUCAGUUUGUGGCUAUACACAUCACUGAUGAUUAUGUUACGUCGAUGGUAUCAGACCCAAAGAGUGAAUAUUUGAUCACGAGCUUUGAAAGCGGAUACAUCAAGACGUGGCUGGUGACCAACUUUGGACAGCCAAGACACACAAUUUACAACGUGGAUAUGCCAUCGCUUAGAUUACGUUUUCCGUUUCUGAUAGUUAUAUUCUUCAUGGGUCGAGCCGAGCGUGCCGCCUCUAAGAACGUUGCUGGCCCACUGUUAGUCAGUGCGUACAGGGCACACUUGCAGCGCAUCAAUCACAUCGAAUUCAUCGAAAAACUAGAGUUAGUAGUCAGUAGCAGUGUGGACAAGAUGAUCCGUAUCUGGACAUUGGCUGGUCAUUACGUAGGAACUUUGGGAAUGGCAUGGCCAGACAUACCAAGAACCCGCCCGGUAAAUGUUUCACCGCGAUGUAGCAUACCUCCGGACAUCAAACGGCAAGCGUCAUUCACUACAAUUCAAGUUUUGAAGGAUGGCGUUAAUUCAAGUUUACGGUCACCGGUAAUAUGGGAAAAACUAGAAUUGUUAAGACAGCAACGUGAUACACGAGGUAAAAAAGGCAAGAGGAAUAUACACGACAAAAAAUGCCCAGAUCAACCUUUACACGACAUACACGAAGAAUUUAUGAAAACUAAAACUCGAUCGAUCAUACGCCCAGUAGUAUUAAAGAUAGACGAAUCAAAGCCUAGAAUUAAGAUUCAUAAGCAUAUUCCUUUGUGCGAUCUUGAUAAUAUCCCACUAAUACCAAAGUUAGAGAAAACAAAAGAAGAAUCCACUCCUAGAGCAAAACUUAUUUUUUUCAAAUAA